AUGUCAUCUAGCGGUUCAACAAAACGUGCAUGCGACCAAUGCCACAUGGUCAAGGAAAAGUGUCGACGGGCCAGUAUCACCGCAUCCUGCCAAAGAUGUUCCCGACUUGGCCAGACCUGUCAAACAGCACGAAGCACAGCAAAGGCAGGCCGGAAGCCACGAGGCACUCGAAAACUAUCAUACACCCUACCACAAUCCACUAUCGCCAUCGAUUCCGACCCUUCAUCCCAGUAUCCGACUCCAUACAACGCCGGGCUAGGCAGCAACCCUGUUAUCUUCUCCGACCUCGAUCAAUGGGAAAGACACUUUUUGAACCUCAUGAAAGAGGACACCGCCAUGUCCUCCCCACUUGAUAAAUUCUUAGUGGGCCCAAGUUUCCACGCCAGCCACCACAUCUCCUUCGUCCAAAACCUGAUCCAACCAACACCAGAGCUGAAAAAUGCUUCGGUGGCGUGUGCCGCCGUCCUUUUUGGAGACCAGUUCUCCGAGCGAGCAGAAACGGUCAUUGACAUCGGUCAUAAACGUGCGGCAAUGGCUGUAUCUUCCCUCCGUUCUUUUCAAUUGCGCGACGAACGGGACUUGACAACGAUACUGGUUCUCAGCGUGGCGAUGAUUACCUUUGCGAUGCACGUUGAGGAUGGACAGCAUUAUCUGAUCGCGCAUUACACGUUAAGUCUGAUCAAGUCGCAAGCUCAGGGUUUGCUUGAUUAUGCAUCGCCUCUGAUGGACCUGUUGAUGUGCCUUGUCUGCACGGAGACGUUUGAAUGCUUGUUGAAAUGCAAAGUUCCAACAUGGAGACUCGAUACAAGAGGUCGUGGAAGAACUGUGGAUCGUUAUCUUGGCUUGAGCUACCCUUUGUUCUGUCACCUUUUUGAUAUAUGUGAAAUCGGCAAUAGUCUUCGGCGCGACGCGAAGGACAGCAGACCCGAUAUCAUGAAAAGGCUAGACAAGACCCAUGCCGAAGUGACUCGAUGGAAACCCUCGUCACCUACAGACCUUCUGGAAAGGUUUACGCACGCUGAGGUCGUGGCAUUGUUUGCGCAGGCCAAGAUAUUGCAAUUGGCUGCUUUGCUGAUCAUCCAUCGGUUGCGGUUCCCAUUUGGCAGACAUGACAGUGUGGCACAAGGCCUGUCUCAGGCUAUCCUUGAUCAAUUUGAUCAUGUUAUUGAGCUAACCGGGCGAUCUGUACCUUGUACUUCGCUCCCCUAUCUGACGUCAUGCUUUGAGAUUCAGGGCGAAGAGCCCAGAAAACAUGCACUGACACGAAGCUUGAAAAUAAUCACAUUCUCAAAGCAAGCACAGAUAAAGUUCACAAAUUCCUUGACAUCAGUCUGGAAGGCUAGGGAUCUGGGAGAGCGGUUUCAUUGGUUCGAAAUCAGCAAAUACCUGUUGCACAACGCAUCUACUGGCAAAUGA